GGAGUUUGGGGACGGGAAGAUUUUCUUCGCCGCCACCGUGAGGGAAAACUUUCCCCCUCCCCCUCCCCUCUCCCUCUCCCUCCCUUCCUUACGUCCGAGCAUGGCUCCCCACAAACACAGCGGCGGCAAGAACGCAGUCAAGAAGCCCAAGAUCGACCAGAUCCAGGCCGACCACGAGCUUUUCCUGCAGGCCUUCGAGAAGCCGACACAAAUUUACAGAUUUCUCCGAACCAGGAACCUCAUAGCGCCCAUCUUUUUGCACAGAACCCUCACUUACAUGUCACAUCGAUUAUCAAGGACGAACGCCAAAAGGAAGACCUUUAAGGUGAAUGAUAUGCUGGCCAAAGUAGAAAAAAUGAGGGGAGAGCAGGAAUCUCCCAGUUUGACAGCUCAUUUGCAACUUACGUUUACCGGUUUCUUCCAUAAAAAUGAAAAGCCAUCGCAAAACUCAGAGAACGAACAAAACUCUGUAUCCCUGGAGGUGCUACUUGUUAAAGUCUGUCACAAAAAACGUAAGGAUGUUAGUUGUCCAAUCAAGCAAGUGCCUACAGGUAAAAAGCAGGUGCCUUUGAACCCAGACAACAGCCAGUCCAAACCAGGCAAUUGGCCUUCCCUCGCAGUUCCCAGCAACGAGUUUGAGCCGAGCAACAGCCAUAUGGUCAAGUCGUAUUCACUGCUGUUCAGAGUGACCCGGCCAGGCAGGAGGGAGAUGAACGGACUGACAAAUGGAGAGAUUAAUGAAAACAUUGAAAUAUCGGAUGAGCUGCCAAGUAGGCGUAAACGGAACUCCUCUCACAAGGAUGACGGGGAAAAGACCUUUGUAGCCCAGAUGACUGUCUUUGAUAAGAAUAGACGUUUGCAGCUCCUUGAUGGAGAGUAUGAAGUAGCCAUGCAGGAAAUGGAUGAAUGCCCUGUCAACAAGAAGAGAGCCACGUGGGAAACCAUCCUCGAUGGAAAGCGGUUGCCUCCUUUUGAAACCUUUUCUCAGGGUCCUACACUCCAGUUCACCCUCCGAUGGACGGGAGAUGCUGCAGAUAGAUCCACCGCUCCAGUAGCUAAACCUCUUGCAACUCGCAAUACAGACACCACAACUGCAGAGACCAAGCUCAACUCCGUGAAACCAACACAGACCCUCUCUGUAAAAGACUCUCUGACAACUGAAGUUCAAAGUAAAAAGGAACAAGUUUCAAUGGAACCACGGCAGAAAUUAAGGAUAUUCUAUCAGUUUCUUUAUAACAACAACACACGGCAGCAAACUGAAGCCAGAGAUGACUUGCACUGUCCCUGGUGCACACUAAACUGUCGGAAGCUCUACAGCCUGCUGAAGCACCUCAAGCUUUGUCAUAGCAGGUUUAUCUUCAAUUAUGUGCCUCAUCCUAAAGGUGCUAGGAUAGAUGUAUCCAUCAACGAGUGUUACGACGGCUCCUACGCAGGGAAUCCUCAGGAUAUUCAUUCCCAGCCUGGCUUUGCCUUUAGCCGCAAUGGUCCGGUGAAAAGAACACCAGUCACCCACAUCCUGGUUUGCAGACCAAAACGUACUAAACCAAGUCUGUCGGAGUUCUUGGAGUCUGAAGAUGGAGAAGUGGAGCAGCAGCGGACAUACAUCAGUGGCCACAACCGCCUUUACUUCCACAGUGACACCUGUCUCCCCCUCAGGCCGCAGGAGAUGGACGUGGACAGUGAGGAUGAGAAAGACCCCGAGUGGCUGCGGGAGAAAACCAUUACACAAAUCGAUGAGUUCACGGAUGUUAAUGAAGGAGAGAAAGAAGUGAUGAAACUAUGGAACCUGCACGUUAUGAAACAUGGGUUCAUCGCUGACAAUCAGAUGCAUCAAUCCUGCCUGCUCUUUGUAGAGACUUGUGGACCAAGAAUAGUUGAGAGGUGCCUGUGUCGGAACUUCCUGCUCCACCUGGUUAGCAUGCACGACUUCAACUUGAUUAAUUUAAACACCAUAGAUAAAGUGAUGGCCAGGCUCGGGGAGCUGCAGCAGAAGCUGCAGAGGGAUCACUUGGCUUUGAAACUGAGACAGGAGGCGGCAGCUGACGGUCAGCUGAACAGUGAAGACAGUGGUGCGGCGUUGAGAGACAAAGCGACCAGCACUGACAUUCUCUCCUCAGGUGUCACCAAACAGAGCAAAAGGCACAAACUCUGAAGUCAAACCACUCGCCCCCAUCUUCUUCCCUGACCCGACACCCACCACCUCCCCACCCCUCAUCCUUUUGCCCACACCCCCCCCCUGUCCUUGCCUUUCUCUGGACACAGUAGGGACAUCACAGUGAGGAGAGAAGGUGCAGAUGGGGAUUUAUUUGUAUGCAUCGCAGCUGCAGUUGGCACGCUCCCAAUGAACACGGGGCUAAUCAUUAACUGAGUAAAACAAGAUAGCAGUGUUGUAUUAAGAUACUUUAUUCUUGUAAAUGUUGGUGUGUUCAUUUAUUUGUACUUAUUUUAGCUGAUGGAGUACAAUUUUAAAAAGACAUUACAUUCAUCACAGUGAACCAAGCCAGCACGGUUCAUCUGCCUACAGAUGUUCUUUGUGCUAAUCAUUCUUUCUAGAAUAUCUUAUUUUGGCUACAAAAACCAAAUAUUUCACCCAUCAUAUUGGCAGUUUAAAAAAAAAAAAAACGGUAUUGUAUAGUUUUAAAAUCUAUCUCAGAAGUGUUUUUUUGUGAUAAAGGAAUCUCUGAAAGGAUUGUGUUUCACCUCACAUUCUUUUUUUUGAAGAAAGCAUGUACUUUAGAUGAAAUAUGCUGUAUUUCACGAGUGUAACACAAAUCCUCUCUUUCAAAAAAACAAGUGGAAUUUAAAUAUUGUCUAUAUCUCGGUCUCAAUUUCCUAGUGACACAGGGGCAGUGCGAAUCUUCCUUUUAUGGAAAGGACUCCUGUUUUUUAAGUCUUUAUAAUUUCUGUUUUAAGAUGACAUUUCUACUCUUUGCUCAUGUGCCUCUUUGUGUCCUUUGCUCUUACAUUAAGCCUUUUUCUGCAUUUGUUUUGUUGCUUUCAGCUUGCUGUUAUGCCAAAGCAUACGCGUGAUGUGCUUCAUUUAGGCUUUUUUUUUUUAAGAAACACACACAAAAGUUUUGGGGUCGGUUGUUGUGUGUUACUUCCUGCUGUGUCUCACCGUUAUUUUUUGCGCUGGUGUUGUCGGAUCUACCUUCUCCACGGCAACUUGGGAAAGAUACGUAUAAAGGAGGGGAGGGGAAAGCCAUUUGGACCAGUGUUGCUGUGAUUGCUUUGUGGUGGUCAUGCCAAGCUUGUCUUAACAACAGUAAAGAAACACUGUAUAAAGUCGGAGGCAUUUUGAACCACUCCAGAACUGAGUGGGUGAGAAGGGACAACACUUGGCCAGAAGUACUUCACCUCUCUGUGCAAUUUAUACUAUUAUGUUUUUAUUUUCCUGUUACCAGACCACAAGGUAUUUAUUGCAAGAGACACUAAAAAAAGACGGAUAAGAGGUAUGUAUUUUACGCAGUAUUUUGUCACAUCAGAUAAAUCCGUUGUGCAGGUAGAACACAUUUCUGAGUUAUGUUAAUGUUUACAGAUUUUUUUCCAAUGGAAAGUGUUUCUCUGCCUCUACUGGUGCAGUAUAAGGAAUGCAGGUUUUUUUUUUAAUUCAGUAAACACUGGGCCAAGUAACAUUGUCUAUUUUGAAAACUUUCAGAAAGAUUACUUUUUUUCUUGUUUUUGUAGGAAAAAAACUUAUUUAAAAUGAGAGGGAAGGGUGCUGCUGUUUGAUUGAUAACAUGUUGAAUUUUACUAUAUCCCAUCAAUGGCUGAUUUUUCUUUAUUCCCAGCUGUAACAAUAUGCAUUUCUGUGAAUCGUUUUAUCCCUUUUCCCCCGGGUGUCUGUAUAGUCUCUGCUUUCUUGUUUGUGGCUUUGACCUGCUAAUGCUCUGCACAUGUAAAUCAGAUCUUUUUUUUGUAUUUUCGGUUGGGGUGCUGUAGUGUUUUUCUCGCUGCUAAUGUUUCUAAGCAAAGUAAUUCUCGGCUGCCACGGAUGGUUGGCACGGUCGACACAGUUUGACAGCCCAAGGUUUUGAAUUAAUGCUGGAAAUUUUGGAUUUCGUGAUAUUUUACACUGACAUUUCGUUUUUUUUUAUAAAAAAAAAAAGACCCCGCACCUUCCUGUCACAGUUUUGUAACCAAACUGGUCAUCGAAAUGUUAAUGGGUUUUUCUAUUUAAAAAAAUAAAUAAAAUAAGCAAUUUUCCUACUUCAAACUGAAUGCCUAUAAUGCCAACCUUGCAAAACGUAAAUUAAAAUCUGAAUUUAGAAAUUAA